CCUGUCGGAGCACACACGCGGUUCCGUGUGCGUUUCAUUCUGUCGCGGAGGCCUUUAAACUACGCCCACAUCAAUUCGCCCCGCUUUUAGCACACAGCCACACACCCCAACCCACGGGAACCGAACGAACCUCUGUCACGCAAUAUCUUCAAUCGCAUCUCAUACGGGUCAUGACGCUGGAAGCGAUCCGGUACCGCUCCGGGUCUCUGCAGAUCCUGAACCAGCUGCUGCUGCCGCACGAGACCGUGUUCGAUGAGAUCCGCUCGGUGCGGGACGGAUAUGAGGCCAUCAAGAGUAUGAAGGUGCGCGGCGCUCCUGCUAUCGCCAUCGUGGGGUGCCUGAGCCUGGCAGUGGAGCUGCGGGCGGGUGCCGGUGGUGACGACCUCGUUUCCUUUAUCAGGGACUCUCUGUGCCACCUGACGUCCGCUCGUCCUACGGCGGUCAACAUGGGCCGAGCCGCCCGCGAGCUGAUGGAGUUCACAGAGAACGAGAGCAUGGAGAAGAACACAGAACAACUGAGAGAGAGUGUGAUUGGCUGGAUUGAGGAGAUGCUGGAGAGAGACGUGAACGACAACAAAAAAAUCGGCAAUUACGGCGCCCAGCACAUCCUGUCGGGAGUUCCACGAGAUUCCGUUACAAUCCUCACACACUGUAACACCGGAAGUCUGGCUACGGCAGGAUACGGCACAGCUCUCGGAGUGGUACGGUCGCUGCACACACUCGGUCGUUUGAAGCGUUUGUACUGCACAGAAACGAGGCCUUAUAAUCAAGGGGCCAGACUGACGGCAUACGAGGCCGUCGCGGAGGGAUUCCCCGCCACCCUCAUCACAGACAGCAUGGCUGCGCUCACCAUGAGGGAAAAGGGAAUCACAGCUGUCGUUGUCGGAGCAGACAGGGUCGUUGCCAACGGCGACACGGCGAACAAAGUGGGCACGUAUCAGCUGGCUAUCGUCGCAAAGCAUCACGGGGUACCGUUUUAUGUGGCGGCGCCAAGCACGUCCUGUGAUUUGAGUUUGGAGAGCGGUCGUGACAUCGUGAUCGAAGAACGUCCACCCGAGGAACUCACCAGCAUCAAUGGAGUUCCUGUAGCAGCACCCGGUAUCGACGUUUGGAACCCAUCGUUUGACGUAACCCCUCACCAGCUGAUCACAGGCGGCAUCAUCACCGAGCUCGGCGUGUUCCUGCCGUCCGAACUCCAGGCCGCUCUGACGGGCAGACUCACCGCUCUGAUAUAUCGGCCAUGACUAUUGCCGAUUUGAAACUAUCGCCUGAUAGUCUGAAAAAUUGCUUUUAUUAAAAUUGCCAUUGGUGCAUCUCUAAUUAAAAUAUCAAUGUAAACUAUAAUUCCUUGUUUCUUACUCUUGAUUUAAGGUAAAAUGUGACCUGUGUUUCUGUGAGAUUCACUCAGCAUCACAGAAAUGGUAAAUGGUGGACAACCAUUGAGUUAUUAGGAACAUUCAUAAAAUUCCAAACCUGUCUUGGGUUUAAAACCGUUCCUAAGUGAACAAAUUUCCUUUAAAGGUCAGACUCUUGGUUAGUUAGAUUAGAUAUGUAAAUCGAUAAAGCUUAGCUCAUUUUAAAUAAGGGCUGUCCUUGAGAGUGUACAUAUUAUGUACAAUUUAGCACGCAACGCUAACGUAAACGCCAAAUUUAUAGGGGAAGCGCCGAAUACAUUACUGAAUCCAAAUAUGUUAUAUUAACAUUAGGAAGUGUUUCGAUUACAUCCAGAAAUAUAAGGAGUAUGUCACUUUCAAUGCAACGUUAUAUUAUUGCAUGUCUCACGGGUUAUUAAAGUGUUAUAAAUCAUUUUGAAAUGGUUGAUCUACCUUUAAAGGAAAAUGACCAAUCAGUGGUUUGAUUUUGAAGGAAUGUUCCACGUUCGAUUUUCGAUCGAAGCCUCGGUUUGCAAGAACAAACAUAAAUCCGUUUAACAGUAUUGCACAUACAUUUAAAACAUACAAAUAAAAACAUUAUUCUACGGAAAUGGGACUUGAGGUUUCUGGGUUGAUCAAUUUCUGAUUUCAUUGUUGUGUAUCCUUGCACGUCUCACGCAAACGUUUGUUACUUUUGUAAUGGCCGUGACCAGAGUUUGCACAAAUUAAUAGGCAAUUCUUUUGGGCUGGCUAUACAGUUCAUUGUUUAUUGCGUGGUAUUGUACGUUCAUGUUCGUUAGUUGUUGUAGUAAACAGAAGGUCAAAAUUAUUUUUCAUGGUACUGGACAUUAUGCCACAAAUGAUUCACUCAACCAGACCAUUCCUUUAAAUAUUACAUUUUAUUUGUAUAGCACCUUUCAUAGAUAAAGCGCAGCUUAAAGUUCACAGAUCAAAGUAAAAUAAAAGUAUUUGGGUAGUCGUAUUUGAUCAACGCGUAUAGAAAUGGUGCUAUGAAGCUAGACGUUAGUCAAUACCUCAGAAGAUCUCCUCUAAUAGUACUUCCACUUUGUUUUGUAGUGUGUGAUGUAAUUCUCUGUUGUAUUUAUUUACACACCACCACCACAAGCAUGAUAACACAUACACACAAUCAAGCCUGGGUGUGCUUUUACAUAGCAGCUCAUAGAGGGUACAUGUGACUGAUCUUGGAUCAGACCUCUUCCGGACCCCUAACGCUGUGUGUUUGGGUGCAGAUCUGAUCCGGGAUCAGUGCCGUGAUAUGGUCAGGGCUUCUGCUCCGUGUUACUGAAUGUAACCCUCACUGCCUUACGAGACCAGCACAAACACGCCGCCCACUGAUGUCUGAUUGGCUGCCUGAGACGGAGCAACGCCCCAUCUCAGAGCUUUGCUGCCACCUAUGGCUCUUUGAAAGCAACAUAGCAACAAGAUAUAAAUAAACAGGAUUUAUCUAAUUCUUAA